UCUCUCUCCCCCCCUGCCCCCCCCCCUCCCUCCAAGAUUUUGCUUCAACAAAAAUCAAAUUUAUCUUCUUUGCUUUGCCCAUUUGCUAUAACUCCAUAAAUAGCAUAGCCAUUCGGUAUAUUUUUAGCAAUUUCCCCAUUUCUCAUUCUUCAAAGAUUACAUUUUUCUGUCAAUUCCUCAAUGAUUUUUUAUUUCUGGGGUUAAUUGACCAAAAAGGGGUACCAUUUUUUUAAAUUUCCCCUUGGAUUCUUGAUUUUCCGAUCAUCGAGCAAAUUUAAUUUGCUCGGUGUUUUAAUGCAAAGGGUAGAGAAAAUUCAAAAAAAGGUUACUAUUUUUCUGAUCUUUGGUUAUAGUUAUGCCAGAUAUCUUAGAUAACAGUUCAUAUCCGUCACUCUCCGACGUGGCCGCCGCCGGCGGUGAAAUAACUCCGGCGGAGUUGGUGAAUUCAAACCUUUUCGGCAAAUAUGAGCUGGGAAAACUCCUGGGUUGUGGCGCGUUUGGCAAAGUGUAUCAUGCCAGAGACAUUAAUACAGGACAAAACGUCGCGAUAAAGGUUGUCAGCAAACAGAGGAUCCUCAAAGGUGGUCUGACGGCUCACGUUAAGCGAGAAAUCUCUAUCAUGCGCCGGCUGCAUCACCCGCAUAUCGUGCGCCUGUACGAAAUUCUCGCCACCAAGACAAAAAUAUAUUUCGUCCUGGAAUUCGCUAAAGGCGGUGAACUUUUCGCGAAAUUGUCUAAAGGCCGGUUUAGCGAAGAUCUAAGCCGUCGAUAUUUUCAGCAGUUAAUCUCCGCCGUUGGAUACUGCCACUCACGUGGGGUUUACCACCGUGAUUUGAAACCUGAAAAUUUAUUACUGGACGAAAAUUGGGACCUAAAAGUUACUGAUUUCGGGUUAAGUGCUGUUACGGAUCAGAUCCGACCCGAUGGGUUGCUCCAUACACUUUGUGGGACCCCUGCUUACGUGGCCCCGGAGAUUUUGGCGAAGAAAGGUUACGAUGGUGCUAAGGUGGAUGUAUGGUCCUGUGGUAUUAUACUUUUUGUGUUUAAUGCUGGGUAUCUACCUUUCAACGAUACAAAUUUAAUGACCAUGUACCGAAAAAUUUACAAAGGUGAAUUUCGGUGCCCGAAAUGGACCUCGCCCCAGUUGAAACGGUUGUUGACCCGGUUACUUGAUACCAACCCGGUUACUCGGAUCACUAUUGAGGAGAUCAAGGAUGACCCGUGGUUUCAAAAAGGGUACCAAGAGGUGAAACCGGAUCACGAAUUCGAAUUCAAGUCUUGGUCGGGUUCGGAUUUUGACCCGGAUUCAUUUCCGGGUUCGAAUUCUGACAGAAAUUUCCUGAAUGCAUUUGAUAUUAUUUCAUUUUCUACCGGAUUUAAUUUUACCGAUUUGCUUAAGGGCAAUGGUGGAUUUGUCGAUAAGGAACAGUUUCUAUCGGCAGGCUCCCCUGAGAAGAUCAUCGGAAAAAUCGAGGCCGUGGCGAAGAUAGAGGGAAUGGAUGCAGAGAGGAGUGGCGCGACCGUGACGGUGGAGGGGCAGAAUGGUAAUUUUAGGCUUCUAGCGGAGGUUAACCGGUUAACGGAGAAACUGGUAAUAGUGGAAAUUCAAAAAAAGGAGAUUGAAGGGGAAAUAUGGAAGAAGAAAUUUAAACCACAGAUAAGUGAAUUUGUUUAUCAAGGUGAAGAACCCGUUUCUGGUAGCUGAAAAGGACGUUGGCCUAAUAAGGACAUUUGCCUAAUAGUUAUGAAUUAAUCUAAUGAUUUUAGGGAAUAUUUUGGAAGGAAGCAAAUUUGAAAAAGUAAAUUAAUAUGUUGUACUCUUAUUAUUAUGUUAGUACUUAGCGCAUAUCAUAAUGUUAUAUUUUUUUUAAAAGUUAUAACAAGCGUAUUUAUAAAGUAGAAAAAGAAAUACCGGGCAAUGUAUUUUGUUUUUGCCGGUAAUUUUGUUUCAAAUAUUUGUUCGAAUCAUCAGAAAAUUUACUCUAGAGGAUUAAUGGAAUUGAGAUAGAAAAUUA